AUGCUCCGGCAGCAGUUGACCGUUGCCCAUCACAUGGGUAGCAGUACCGUCAGCCCUGGCCCACACUCAAUGGGAGGUCAAAGCUCCCCGAGUGUCUACUUCGGUCUGUCUCGUAGAGGGAGUUUGUCUUCUCUUGCUGAAUCUGAUCUGGUUCAAACAACCCCCAAAUUUGUGAAGGACACGUCAAAAUUCUGGUAUAAACCUACAAUUAGCCGGGAAGAGGCCAUAAUAAUGCUGAAAGAUAAACGACCAGGAACAUUUGUAGUUCGAGACAGCAACUCGUUCCCUGGAGCAUUUGGCCUGGCACUCAAGGUAGCCACUGUACCCCCCAAUGUCCAGACCAAAGCUGGUGCUGAUCCAGCAUCAGAGCUAGUACGCCACUUUCUCAUUGAACCAACUCCAAAAGGGGUACGUCUUCGAGGGUGUAGUAAUGAGCCUGUUUUUGGAAGCCUGGCAGCUCUUGUCUAUCAGCAUUCCAUUACUCCCCUGGCAUUGCCUUAUAAAUUGGUCCUCCCUGAAUCGGAUCCUGCUGGUGAAGUGAGCAACCCUGAAAGCCCCCAUAGUUCUGAGGUCCCCAGCUCUGCAGCUGCACUGCUGGCUCAGGGAGCAGCCUGCAAUGUACUCUAUCUAAAUACUGUGGAUACUGAAUCCUUGACUGGACCUCAAGCUGUGGCCAAAGCUGCCAAGGUGACCUUCUCUACGGACCCCAUACCUAAAACCACAGUUGUCCACUUCAAAGUUUCAUCACAAGGAAUUACACUGACUGACAACAACAGGAAACUAUUUUUCCGACGCCAUUACCCUGUUACAGCAGUAACCUACUGUGGAAUCGACCCAGAAGAUAGGAGGUGGACAAAGUCAAAUGUGCCUGGAGCACCAACAGAAGCCAAAAUAUUUGGAUUUAUUGCACGGAAACAAGGAGGAGUGUCGGACAAUGCUUGUCAUCUGUUUGCUGAACUGGAUCCAGAACAACCUGCCUUUGCCAUUGUCAACUUUGUCACCAAGGUUAUGGUUGGACAAAACAAAGUCAAAUGA